UGCUCAGGGCGGACAGGAAACCGGGAUUUGCAGAACCCGAUGGAUGCGGAUUAGAACCCCGGCGGUGAACACAAAGAGAAAAUGAGCAGAAUAUUCCAUGCGGCGGCUGAGGUGAGGUGGAAUAAGAGCGCAGCGGCCAGACGAGCCGUGUUUCUGGCGGCUGCAGCUUACGGGUUAAAAGCGCUUUACCCGGUCAUCUGUAAACGGGUCGGAAAACGCACGGAGCCCAACAGAACCGCUAACGGACAGCAGAAUGGACUGGUCCCGAUGCAUGGAUGCGUGUCGGAGUCUGUUUCCGGUGGUGCUGCUGAUGCUGAUGGCAGGUCUCCUGGUGCGGACGCGCGCUUCCUCAGGCAGAUCCUCCAUCUGAUCCGGAUCGUUUUUCCGAAGCUCGCGACCCGAGAGCUCGCGCUGCUCUGCCUGCACUCGGCGGCUCUGGUCUCGCGGACUUUCCUGUCCAUCUACGUGGCCGGUCUGGACGGAAAGAUCGUGAAGAGCAUCGUGGAGAAGCGGCCGCGCAGCUUCGUCGUGAAGCUGAUGAAGUGGCUGCUCGUGGCCGUGCCUGCGACAUUCGUGAACAGCGCGAUCCGUUACCUGGAGGGGAAGCUCGCGCUGGCCUUGCGCACGCGCCUGGUGCAGCGCGCCUACGCGACCUACUUCGCCGGACAGACCUACUACCGCGUGGCGAACAUGGACGCGCGGCUGGCCAAUCCGGACCACUCGCUCACCGAGGACGUGGCGAUGUUUGCGCAGUCUGUCGCGCGCCUCUACUCCAACCUCACCAAGCCGGUUCUGGAUGUGAUCCUCACCUCAUACACGCUCAUCCAGACCGCGAGGUCGCGCGGGGCCGGGGCCACAGGGCCCACGCUGCUCGCCGGCCUGGUGGUGUUCAUCACCGCUAAAGUGCUGCGCUGCUGCUCCCCGACAUUCGGCCAGCUGGUCGCUGAGGAGGCGCGCCGGAAGGGGCACCUGCGCCACGCCCACUCCAGGAUCAUCGCCCAAGCAGAAGAGAUUGCCUUCUAUGGAGGGCACAAGGUAGAAAUGCUGCAACUGCAGAAGUGCUACAAGGCUCUGGCUGAGCAGAUUAAUCUGAUCCUGUCCAAGCGCCUGUGGUACAUCAUGAUCGAGCAGUUCCUCAUGAAGUAUGUUUGGAGUGGAUGUGGCCUUGUCAUGGUGGCGGUGCCCAUCAUCACUGCCACUGGCUUUGCUGACAACGAACUUGCAGACGGCCAAACGCAAGUGUUAGUAAGUGAGAGGACAGAAGCCUUCACGACUGCACGCAAUCUUCUAGCCUCAGGCGCAGAUGCCAUUGAAAGGAUCAUGUCCUCCUACAAAGAGGUCACGGAGUUGGCUGGAUACACAGCCCGUGUCCACAACAUGUUCCUGGUGUUCGAGGAGGUGCAGAGGGGUGUGUAUAAGCGUGCGUUGGUCUCCACGACGGCAGUAGCUGGAGAGAAGGGUGGCGGGAGACCUGAGCUGCACAUCGAUGGUCCACUAGAGAUCAAAGGAAAAGUAAUUGAUGUGGAUAAGGGUAUAGUGUGUGAAAAUGUUCCCAUCAUCACUCCAAAUGGGGAUGUGGUUGUUUCCAGCCUGAACUUUAAGGUGGAGGAGGGUAUGCACCUCCUAAUCACAGGACCUAAUGGCUGUGGGAAAAGCUCUCUCUUCCGCAUCCUUAGUGGUCUCUGGCCUGUGUACAGUGGCAUGUUGUACAAACCUGCUCCACAACACAUGUUCUACAUCCCACAGAGGCCUUACAUGUCUAUUGGGACGCUGCGAGAUCAGGUAACGUACCCUGACUCUAUGGAGGACAUGCAUGAGAAGGGCUAUAGAGACAAAGACCUGGAAGACAUUCUGGAUAUCGUCAACCUCAAACACAUUGUCACCCGAGAAGGAGGCUGGGAAGCAGAGGUGGACUGGAAAGAUGUGCUGUCAGGAGGAGAGAAGCAGCGGAUGGGCAUGGCUCGCAUGUUCUACCACAAGCCCAAGUAUGCCCUUUUGGAUGAGUGCACAAGUGCGGUCAGUAUUGAUGUGGAGGGUAAAAUAUUCCAGGCUGCAAAGGAUGCUGGGAUCUCCUUGCUGUCUAUUACCCAUCGGCCCUCUCUCUGGAAGUACCACACACACCUGCUGCAGUUUGACGGUGAAGGAGGUUGGCGGUUCGAGCAGCUGGAUACAGCUACUCGGCUCUCUCUCACUGAGGAGAAGCAGCGUCUCGAGGCUCAGCUCGCCGGCAUUCCCAAAAUGCAACAGAGACUGAAUGAACUGUGUAAGAUCUUGGGUGAGGACUCUGUGCUGAAGACAGCAGAGGCCGGUGAGGGGGAAUGAGAGACAGAGAGCUGGAGUUAAACCAUAUGGACACUGCACGCCAGACAUCAGCAACCUUUCCCACCAAGUCCUGAACGGUCAGCGCUUCAAGGCUGCAGCUCAACUUUACCCAUUACAGCGUGAGUCAGGUUCCCAAAAUCCCUUCAACCUUUAUUCACUACACCACAUUGAAAAUGAAUGGGAGGGAAAUUACCGUACAGAGCGCACGUAUCCUUACGCCAUUGUCAAAACUACGGAGUUCCUGCAGCGUUCAGCAGUGAUUUUUAAAGUGAUUUUCGCUUUCUAAAGAAAAAAAAAUGCCAUUUUAUUGUCUUCUUUUCCCUGAUGGAGAUUUUGUCAGUGUUUUUAUCUCAGAGUUCAGAGAUAUUUUAGCUAAGCUGUUUGUAAUUAUUGCAGUAUAAUUUGCUGCUUCAGAAAAAGGGAUUGAUUGCAACGUUAGUGGGUUUUUUUUAUGUUUUUAUUGAUGUACGUGUCAUACCACGGCAAUGAUAGCUAUGUCUGAUGUUAUAAGAAACACUGUAUCUGUACCUGCUAUGAUGCUGCUUAUUGUUUGGUUCUUUCUAGAAAGUAUGUGGUUUGGGCUUACUGGUACGUAUAUUACACAAAACACUUAACCAUUAACAGCUAAUUUCUCAACCUAAAAAAGCCUCUGAAGUCUAGUUUGAUAUUUGUUUAGUAACAGCUUUCAGCUUUAUCAGUGACUAAUGGGUGCUAUCAUUUGUAAUCUGCUUUUGUCAAUGAUUCUAUUCGUAAGUGUCAUUUUAGUUUCAGCAUAAGACUUUGAGCUUUUCUUCAUUCUGGUUGAGCAAAAGAGUUUCUCAAAAUCAUCAAACAUUCAUUCAUUCAUUCAUUCAUCCAUCCAUCCAUCUUCAAGAACCACUUCAUCCUGGUUCAUCAUCUCAGGAUCACUUGGCAUGAGGCAGGAAUGCACCAUGGGUUGCCAGUCCAUUCAUUGCAGGGCACCACAGACAUUCAUUAGGACCUAUAGGGGAAUUUAGCAUCGCCAGUCCACCUACCAGCAUGUUUUUGGAGGGUGGGAGAAAACUGGAGAACUCAGCUCAAUGUACACACAGACGGUUCAAUCCUGAGUCAACCUCGGACAGGAUCAAACCCGGGACCCUGGACCUGUGAGGCAGCAACACUCCUCACUGCUCCACACAAUCAAUCAUCAGAUAGUCAUGAUCUCAUCUCAUU